GCACUUGACAGUUCUCUUAUCUGUCAGAGCCAGUGCUUGUGUUUGAAAUUGGGACGUGUGCAUCGACCAGUUUUAGCUUGAUGCUCAUUUUGGAAGAUUCCUUUCUUGACACACUUUAUUUCGCUGACAGUCUUUCACCACUCUGAACUUGUCGCCGCUUGAGUGGGAGGUUUUCUUCUUCUUUUUUUUAGGGGGGUGGUGGUUGGUUGGUUUGUUUUCGCUCUGCUGUUUACUCAAUUAGGUAGAGGUGCGGUAGAGAGAGAGAAAGAGAUCUUGCAGCUGUUAGUGUACAGGACUGGCUUUCUGAGUGUUUCUGAACAGGACAGAGAGAUUUUCUAACACAGUGAGGAGAGAGAGAGAGAGGUUGGCCUCAGAGUCUCUGUUGUUGGCAUAAACACAGUGUCGAUAGCACAGCCUCAUGGAAAAGUAGGGACCCAGGACUUGCGAACAGAUGCCCUUACGCAUCCAGAGAAUCGACACAGGAGCUCAGAAGGGAGAAGAUCGUCCUUAUGCCAUGAUUCGAAAAGAAACCAAAAGAUAGAGACUCCUGUCUUAGGGCUCGGCUAAAGAGAUCCAGGCGAUGUCGAUUCGUGAAGAUCUCCGCAAAGUGAGGAAGAAGGCAUCUUUCUGUGUCUCACACUGGACACAGCAGAACGGCUCCAGCAACACCUCCACGCACAGGAAAUCACAUCAAGAAGGAGGAAGCAUGAAGAAGACCAGGAGGCCGGUGCAGAGGCGGAUGACCUGUCCGAGUCCUCAGGAGAUCAGCCGGGCGCUGCAUAGCCCCACGGUACCUACGAGUGCCCAUGCUGCAAGUUUGGACGAUCUCAUUCAGCGCUGCCUUCACUGCUUUGACUCUGAAGGAAAGUUAAUCCGAGGCAUGCAGCUGGUCAAUAUGACUCUGAUGAUGCACAACUGGGUUGUGCCUUCACACAUUUUUGCCCAUAAACUGCUCUCUCUAUACAAGGACUGUCCUAUGGAGAAGAGAGCCCAGAGGAGGCCCCAAAUCUGCCAGUUUAUAAGGCACUGGAUAGUCCAUUAUCCUCUGAUGUUUGAGACGGACCCCAGAUUGGAGCAGGUCAUGGGGGAUAUGUGUGCUCUAGUCAGGGCUGAGAAGGACUCCCAAUGCAAGCUGAUCGAUACUCCAUACCCUAAUCCUCCUUCAGAUAUCUGCCUGGCUCCCUCUCCCUCAGUGAAGAAGAGGAAGGUGUCUCUGUUGUUUGAUCACAUGGAGGCUGAUGAGAUGGCUGAGCACCUGAGUUACCUGGAGUUCAAAAACUUCUGCAGCAUUUCAUUCCUAGAUUAUCGCAGCUACAUGGUGAACAACUCGGUGAGGGAUAAUCCGGCGCUGGAACGCUCCGUCAUGCUGUGUAACGGUGUCUCACAGUGGGUCCAGCUCAUGAUUCUCAACAGACACACUCCGCAGCAGAGGGCUGAAGUCUUCACAAAAUUCAUACAUGUAGCACAGAAACUGAGGUCUCUGCAGAAUUUCAACACUCUCAUGGCAGUCAUAGGCGGUUUGUGUCACAGCUCCAUCUCCCGACUCAAAGACACGGCCAGUCUCCUCUCUUCUGACAUCACCAAGGCGCUGAGUGAGCUCACGGAGUUGCUCUCGUCUUACAGUAACUACAGUAACUACAGAAGAGUGUACAAUGAGUGCAGCGGCUUUAAAGUGCCCAUCCUGGGUGUACACCUUAAAGAUCUUAUCUCACUGAAUGAGGCACUUCCUGACUUCCUGGAGGGUGACAAGAUCAACCUGGGAAAGCUACAGCACCUGUACAGCAACAUUAGCGAUCUGUUGGCCAUCCACAAGUGCAAGCCACCGUUUGAGGCCAACAAAGACCUGCUGCACCUGCUCACGCUUUCCCUGGACCUGUACUACACAGAGGAUCAGAUCUACGAGCUGUCCUAUGCCAAGGAACCCAAGAAUCCCAAAAUACAGCCUGUAACCCCAGUGAAGCCCCCUGUGGUUGCAGAAUGGGGUUCAGGUGUUGCUCCACGGCUCGACCCCGACACCAUCUCCAAACACGUCAAGCAGAUGGUGGACUCGAUCUUGAAGAAUUAUGACCUGAACAUGGAUGGCUACAUCUUGCUGGAGGACUUUGAGAAGAUAGCUGCUAACUUUCCUUUCUCUUUCUGCACUCAUGACAGUGACAGGGAAGGAGAGAUUAGCAGAGAGGAGAUCACGUCCUAUUUCAUGAGAGGGAUGUCAGUAUGUGCAAAGCUAGGCUUCAACCUCCACAACCUUCACAACUUCCACGAGAUGACAUACAAAAAGCCCACCUUCUGCGACAACUGCCGAGGAUUUCUCUGGGGAGUCACAAAGCAAGGCUACCACUGCAAAGACUGUGGAGUAAACUGCCAUAAGCACUGUAAAGACCUGGUGACGAUGGAGUGUAUGAAGUUCCAGGUUUCUGGAGGCUCCUGUCCCUGCACUCCAGGUCUGGGACACGGGAUAAGGACAAAGGGAAACAGCUGGAGUUCUGAGGAAGAAACAUUUGUGUUUCCUCAUGGACAUGACCACUCUAAGAGUCACACCACUCCGCAGAGCAUUGCGGAGAACGCCUCACUGUCAGACCGCUCCACUCAGACAGACCCGGGAGUUUGGACACCGGUGGCGAACCGCAGAGACCUUCACAAUCCCAAAACUCUUUCACUCACUGAGAAGAGUGCCACCCUGCCAAUCAGAAUGAGAGGUUCUUCUGCACCCAGCUCUUUCCUCCAGGAGAAAAUGGAGGAACUCCAGUUAAACAAAGACAAACGCAAGGAGCCUGACUGAACCCCAAGACAAAAAAGACUGUGCUUACAUUUAGUAUUUGAGAACUGUUCAAACACACUGAACACAUAUUUCAUUACCAUUAACAAAGAGCUGAACUCUGUACACACCUUGUACCGAUGCAUUAAUAGUAAAAAAAAAAAUAAAUAAAAAAAAAUACAAGUGGGACCACUUUCAGCUACAGAGCCAUGUUGGACAAGAACAGAACCGAGAGAUCCUCACCAGCAUCCACUGCCUACAUACAUGAACAUUAAUGAAUAUAUCUACAGAAGUAUCCUAAGGAGGACUACCAGAGCAAUGAUCUCACCACUACUGCCUGCGUGUAAGAGCUAAGGGCCUUCCUAUGCACCUCUACACCACCCACAUGAUAAAACCACAGGGACUUAAAAAAAAAAAAAGGUGCUUACUGUUGUAACUCUGUUUAUGUGUACCAAAAAGUUUGACAUAUAGUUUUUUUGUGUUCACACUGACACAGAGUUUUGUACUGUGAAUUACAUCGAGAUGCGUGGGUGUCGUCUGUGCCUUGUGUCAUGGGAAUGUAAAUCGCUCUGGCUUGUCAAAAGGCCAAUGUCAGCUGGUGCUGUACUCCCGAAAUGCAUCAACUGUGCUUUAUGCGAUGACUGUUUCACUCAGAGUGGGGAAGGUUACUGAAUCCACUGACUGAACCAAUGCCGAAAUCUGUAAACAAACACGGUGGACCCGAUGUGCGCGUUUGUGUGUGUGUGUGUGUGUGUGUGUGUGUGUGUUUUAUCGAACCUCUAACAACAUUCCACCGAAUGUACAUUUCCGACUUGAAUGUCUGUCUUACUAAAGCCUGGAUUUAUGAUGUUUAUUUAUUGAGAAUGUAUUAAUAUGAAUCUACAGUAUCGCAUUUCAUUCUGAAACUAGCACUGCCAGAUUACUGCAAUGACUGUAAAAAUAAAUAAAUAAAUAAAUGAAAUGAAACAAAAGGAGUGUGACAGACAGACAGACAGUUUUACUGUGUGGUUGCAUUAAAUGCCGAAUGAUAACAA